AUGGCCUCGCCCGCAGCGCACAAACCGCGCCGUCGGAGAAAGAUUGAAGAAGGCUCCCUUGCCCAGGUUUCACACGGCACCCUCGAUCACGAUGAAUCCACAAACGAAAAGAAACCCGCCUUCCCCCUAGUCGCGUUCCUAUGGCCUGCAAAGGGCACCGUUUCGCAAUGGAUCACCAUGCCCCUCAUUCUGAUGGCCGCGGGCCUGUUCCGGUGGACCGUUGGGUUGUGGGGAUAUUCAGGCUAUCAGUCGCCGCCAAUGCAUGGAGACUUUGAAGCACAGCGACAUUGGAUGGAGAUCACCAAGCAUUUGCGUGUCUCGCUGUGGUACUUUUAUGAUUUGCAAUGGUGGGGACUGGACUAUCCGCCUCUGACUGCAUAUCAUAGCUGGAUUCUGGGCGUUGUUGGCUCUGCUAUUAACCCCAAAUGGUUCGCUCUCUUUGAGUCGCGCCGUCUCGACGACCCUUCCCUCAAGAUAUACAUGCGAGCCACCGUCCUUGUAUCCGAAUACCUCAUCUACGUACCCGCCCUCGUCAUAUUCCUCCGCCGGUUUUCCCGGCUAGAAGGUGUCAAUGUUUGGGAAUCGUCAAUCGCACUGCUGGCCAUACUCAUGCAGCCUGGAGCCAUCCUGAUCGACCAUGGACAUUUCCAAUACAACACCGUCAUGCUCGGCUUUGCCGUCGCGACACUGUCAAGUAUGGUCGCUAACAGACCACUUUGGGCGUGUGUCUUCUUUGUUGGUGCACUCGGAUUCAAGCAGAUGGCGCUGUUCUACGCGCCUGCUGUUUUUGCAUAUCUUCUGGGCAUUUGCCUUUUCCCAAAGAUCAACAUCUUGCGCUUUUUCGCAAUUGCGCUGACUACUGUUGCAGCCUUCGUUGUGCUGUUUCUGCCAUUGUUGCUAGGCAUUGCAUAUGACGCCUCUAUUGGCUUUUACUACGCCGAGAUGAAGCAACCCCCACUCAUGAGCUUGGAUUGGUUCACGACACCCUGGGAUACAGAUGCCUGGUAUUACCCUUUGGUUCUGGAGAUGGGGCAGGUAAUUCACCGCGUCUUUCCCUUUUCCCGAGGCCUAUUCGAGGACAAGGUUGCCAACAUCUGGUGCACCAUUCAUACAGUCCACAAGCUCCACCGUUAUCCAAUUCAGUUGCUUCAACGGCUUGCACUACUCGCGACAUCGGCUGCCAUUCUACCGCCAUGUCUGGUCAUCUUCUUCAAGCCGAAGAAGCAACUUCUUCCGCUUGCCUUUGCAGCAGUGUCAUGGGGCUUCUUCCUCUGUUCAUAUCAAGUGCAUGAGAAGAAUGUUUUGCUGCCGUUACUGCCAAUGACUCUGCUUCUUGGUGGGCAUGAAGGUCUGCUGCCAUCUACCCGCGCAUGGGUCGGGCUUGCAAACAUGCUUGGUGUAUGGACCAUGUUUCCGCUGUUGAAGAGAGACGAGUUGCGGGUUCCAUACUUUGUCAUCUCGCUUUUGUGGGCUUAUUUGCUCGGUCUUCCCCCAGUCUCGUUUUCAACCUUUUCCGAAGGCAGCCGGGGCGGACUGAACCUUUUCAGCAAGGUUCUCCAUAUCAACAUAUACAUUGCCAUGGUUGGAUGGCAUGUCGUGGAGGCAUUUGUUCCACCUCCAGCAAACAAGCCCGACCUCUGGGUUGUCGCAAACGCAAUUGUCGGAACCGGGGGGUUCGGCAUCUGCUACCUGUGGUGCCUGUGGCGGCUUGCGGUCAAGAGCGAGCUGUUUGGAGGCACAAAGAGCAAGACACAGUAGGCUCAAAAGAGAUGCGCGUGGCAGGAUUUCAGCCUUUCUUCGAGAUACCCCAACUAGAGAUUUGGAGGGAAGAUUCCGGUUUCGUUGAUAUGUAUUAUACACCAAGUACACAAUGCCGUCUAAUGCUCAGCGCCACCCAUAUGCCUGUGUUUUACACGUUGUUUUCCCAUUACUGUAAUGUACACUUUAAUCCAGCCGCGUUAUAUCUUGAAUCCGUAGCCGGCCAUGCAUCGCCUGUAUUCGUCGACGAGACUAGAGCAUUCCUUUUGCGCAUCGCUCGAGGUGGAAAAGAGCAUGCAUUCGUCGCGCUUGGCUUUUUGUUCGGUGCAUACGCAGCAAGGCUUCACCUUGGGCUUGUCGGCGGCGGUCAUGUCCUUGAGGUCUGCGCCCAUAUUGGCGGCGGUAGGCGGUGCUGACGACAUG